CAUUUGGAAGAAGUUAUGGAGCUACUGACAUAAGGAAACCAUUACAGAAGACAGAGAGCAGAUUCCUGCUCUUCAGAAGUGAAAGUGAUCGCCUAGGCUGUCAGCUCCAAGUCCAGCGCCCAGAAACACUGCAAGAGUGUGGCUUCAACACCUCCCAGCCGCUGGUCAUGAUCAUCCACGGGUGGUCGAUGGAUGGCUUGCUAGAAACUUGGAUCUGGAAGCUAGUGGGUGCACUGAAAUCCCGACAGUCCCAGCCGGUGAACGUAGGGUUUGUGGAUUGGAUCUCCCUGGCACACCAACACUACGCUGUCGCUGUCCGCAAUACCCGUGCUGUAGGCCAGGAGGUGGCUGCUCUUCUCCUGUGGCUGGAGGAAUCUGUGAAGUUUUCUCAGAGCAAAGUUCACCUGAUCGGCUACAGCCUGGGAGCUCAUGUCUCAGGAUUCGCAGGCAGCUCCAUGGGUAGAAAGCACAAGAUUGGAAGAAUCACGGGGCUGGACCCCGCAGGCCCUUUGUUUGAGGGCACUUCCCCCAGCGACCGUCUUUCUCCAGAUGAUGCCAGUUUUGUGGACGCCAUUCACACCUUUACCCAGGAGCACAUGGGCCUGAGUGUGGGCAUCCAACAGCCCAUUGCCCACUAUGACUUCUACCCCAAUGGCGGCACCUUCCAGCCCGGCUGCCACUUCCUGGAGCUCUACAAACACAUUGCGGAGCAUGGCUUAAAUGCUAUAACCCAGACCAUCAAAUGUGCCCAUGAGCGCUCGGUGCACCUCUUCAUUGACUCGUUGCGACACAGUGAUCUGCAGAGCACAGGCUUCCAGUGCAGUGACAUGAACAGCUUCAGCCAGGGCCUGUGUCUGAGCUGCAAGAAGGGCCGUUGCAACACUCUGGGCUAUGACAUCCGCAGGGACUGGACAGGCAAGAGCAAGAAGCUCUUCCUCAUCACCCGAGCCCAGGCCCCCUUCAGAGGGACAUCCAAUGAGGACAGUACCACCUUGCCAGUGAUGUUGAGGGGACUCCUCAGGCUGCCUGAAACCAGCCAGGGAUAA